AAGUAAGUCGCACGGCCUAAUCGAGGCUUUCUUCCCCGUCUCUCCGAGGGUUUGGUGGCAAACGAGGGUUUGGUGCUACGAUCUUCUUCCGGUCGUCUGCGAGACCAAGGAGCGCAAGAAUCAAGCUGAUCUAACUGAUGCUGGGAACUCCAUCGAAAGAGAGGUAUUCAUGAAAUGAAGGAUUAUAUUGACAGCCUCAAAUAUGCACCACUUGAUUCAGGAAACUGUAUUAUGCACUAUGUUGCCUCAUUCACUUGACUGCGCUAGGGUUUUGCACAUCGUAAGAAGCCCAAAUCAAGAAAAUUCAGUGGGACAUGGACAAUGUAAAGAACAAAAACCAUCCCUCAAGCAAUCAAAGGAAUUUCAUCUGAUAUCAAGAUAUUUUGUGCAAGAAGCUGGUGAACUAUCAUUACCAUUGGAGAUUCAUGCUGGUUAACAUGCUUCUCCUUCUAAAAGAACAAACCAGGAGAGCUUGAAUUAAGAACUCCUUCUGUUAAGGAUAGCCUUCAAGUUCGCCGAAAGCAAAUUCAGAAAUGGUGGAUGCAUAUACAAUUCAGAUAAGUUCGAACUUAAUCAAUCAACUAGCCGGUGGUGAAAACAAAGUGAAGAAGAAAACCAAGAAACCCAAGGCAAGGGUCUCAGAGGAACCGCAUCAGCCUCAAAGCAAUGUGAAGCCAGCUCCUGGCACACAAAAGAGCAGCCCAAGUGGGGCAUGGCCGCCGCUUCAGCCUCCUGUGUUCUUCGCAGCACCCCCUCCACCCCCAGUUGUGAUCUCAGAGUUGGAAGCUAUCCGUUCAGUCCUAGAGGAGAGUGAAAUAAGAGUGGAGAAACUGGAAAAGCAGGGAGAUAAGAUGAUUCAGGAGCUGACUCAGAGAGCAAAGGAGCUGCGGGACAAGGAGUUCAAGCUGCCCUAUCAAAAUCCCACCCCCUGUACAGCUGAGAGAGAGGCUUGCCUAAACUGUUACAAGGAACAUGAGACAGAUCCUCUGAAAUGUGCCCGAGUGGUGAAAAUAUUUGCCCGCUGUGCUCGUCAGGCAAGACUCCAUGGCCAAUUUAACAGUACAAAAGAAAAGGAUGGAUUUUAAAGCUUAAUGAGAAAUGUGUGCCAUGGGGUCUUUGUGGUUCCUUCAGUAUAAUGUGUCUUAAGAUUCAAUAAUCAGGACCAAACAACCAAGUUGCUAUUCGCAUGUCCCCAUUUAUCUGAUACGCUUUUCCAUUCUGCAUUCGUUUGGGGACCUCCGAGUGUGUGCACAACUUGAGAUAUGCAAUGCCUGCUUGCAUUUUAUUCUUCUGCUGAAAAAUUUUGGUAAAAUCGUGGAUGUAAAGAUACUUUUGUUCCAAACAUACUUCUUAACGCUUUUGUCUUCUGGCUA